AGCACAUGUGAACGGACCGUGACUUCCAGAUCAUUCAUUGUUUCUUAUUGUUAUGCGGUACCGAUUGUACUACCUGACCAUCUGGCAUCCGAGACCUGGAGACCUGCCAAUAGCGACCCACAUUCUUAUUUAAUUCCCCUGCUACGCUGCCUCUCCAUCCUUGCCAUCUUCCCAAUCCAGGUUGACGGUAUCCUCCAACUACCACCAGGUAAUUCUUUGGAAGCAACACCGAAAAUAACCUCAGUUCUCUUCACUUCUUAAUUUCUUCUUCUUUUUCUUCUUCUUCUUCUUUAACUUAUUAUUCAAAAUCCAACGCUUCAUUCCAAGUUACCCAUGACCAAAUACCUAGGUGGUAGCCUUGCCUUGAUCCUUAUUGGCAAUUUAAUAUAACUUCUUCUUCUUCUUUCCCCACUACGUAGGCCUAGCCUCGCACCACAUCGCAUCCCAUUGCCUCGCCUUGCCUCAUUGGAAUUGCACAUCAAUUAAUUACCACGUGCCAAUUACUUGGAGCUCGUAGACAAGCUCCGCCUCUUCCUCUUCUUUAAUUGAAUAUUCGCUGCCUCUAAAAUUCUGUCAGGGAAACGCUGCAUUACAUUGGUCCCCUCACUCUCACGACCAGCCGUUGCGGAGUCUACGUGGCCCUCACUACUCCACCAUCGUCUUCCCGUCGUCAUUCUCGCUACCGUUUUAUACCAUUUUUCUACGGGUCGUCCAACCAUAAUGGACUCGAUAUCCUCGCGUUUCCGGCGCACUAAGAGGGCUUCUCCUACGACUCCCCCCGCCGGAAUCCUAUCUGGAUCACCUCCCGACAAAUCAUCGUCCGAAAGCAAACUUGGCCCUGUGGGCUGCCGUGAACCACCGCCGACCUUGACCAUUCCAACCAACCAUGCUUCUCGCAAUGAUCUACCUUCGAAAUCGCCUUUUCGUCGAGGGUUCCAUUUUCGACAUUCGCAUAAACGCGCCCGAUCCCCCACUCCGGCUUCGUUACCUAUGUCUGCUUCACCCGCCGUAGCUAGUCAGGAUAGCGCAGUCGAACUUGGCAGAUCGACACCAGCUGGCGGUAUUGAUGACAAAAGUGAGAAGGAAAUGAUCAAGGAAACCCCCAAACCCAGGAUUCCAGCUUUCCUGAAUCAGUCCCAGCAAGAUAUCGAGGCUAAGUUCCACGAUCUUAACUGGACGGAGCGUUUUCGUCUCCAGGAGUCAUUGCAUAACCCAUCCCCAAAUUUCAGAUUUGCACGCGUUACGACACCCGAGACUAAGAUCCUCGACCGGUACGCGAAUAUCCAACCAUGGGCCAAUAACCGCGUCAAGCUACAGGUGCCAGACGGUCAGCUCGAUUAUAUCAAUGCGUCGCCCAUUACUCUUCGUUCCCUCCUAGAUCCUCAGUCCAAGCCACCGCAUCGUUACAUCGCUAUGCAAGGACCAAAAUCCGGGACUAUGGAUCACGUUUGGCGAAUGGUAGUGGAGCAGCUACAAAGUCCAGCUGUAAUUGUGAUGUUGACCGAGACACACGAGGGUGGAAUGGAGAAGUGCUACCCAUAUUUUCCUCGGUUCGUCGAGGAAGAGCCAUGGGUAAUAGGCGAGGACGACGAAUUCGGAGACGGUUUUCACGCCGAGAUCAAGUGUGUUGAUAUCGAAGAGCAUGCGAACGGUGCAAUUGAGGUUCGAAAGCUCAGCAUUCACGUCGAGGGCCGGGAGGACGACAUGAUUGUAUGGCACCUUCUUUACCGCAAGUGGCCCGACUUCGGAGUCCCGGCUCUCGAGGACAUUGACAGCUUCUUCGAGCUCAUGCGUCUUUCGCGAGAGAAGAAUGCGAGCGAGGACAACCCACGAAUCAUUCACUGUUCGGCAGGUGUGGGAAGAAGCGGAACAUUCAUGGCCCUUGAGCAUCUCAUGCGAGAGAUAGAUUCAGGCGAUGUGGAUCGUCUUGAGAUGAAUGCCACCAGGGGUGGGGAGGAUAUUGUCUAUAAAACGGUUGACGCGCUCAGGGAGCAGCGCAAGCAGAUGGUCCAAGCCGAGUCCCAGUACCUAUUCAUUUAUCAGGUGCUGCGCAAGCUCUGGCUAGACAAGCAUGGGCUUACCGAGCAGGAUAUCCGGGAGGAGCCCGCAGCUAAGAGGUUGGAGGUUGAUUUCGACCCUUUUCUUGAUGAUUGAAGAAGUUAACAUGGCGAAGAUGAACCACGCGGCGGUAUUCGUAUCAUACCAUUCACCAUUUUAUAACGGCAUUGCGAUGGCGUUAAGAGGGGAUACAUUUGGGUUUCGGUACUUCUCUUCACCCAUCAGACUUUUAUAUUACGCUAUGGUCUGGCAUAACAACGGGCACAGGAUCAUAGGAAGGCAUACGGGUGCAUUGGAAGUAUCAUGCAUGGAAAGGCGUCCCUAACAUCAACGGCACACGAGAGGAUUUCAGGAAUUGGGCCGUCUUUUAGGAGCAAAUAAAGUCGCCGCAUUGGUUUGUACAAUUUGCGGGUUUAGGACGGUUUCACUGUCGCCAUCGUUGGUUUUUAGAGGCACAGAUUGUGGCGUACACGGUACAACCGCAAGAGUGGGUUACACGGCACAAGUAUUUCACGUCCUCAGUCCUCAGAUAAUGAUACAUCAUGAAGGUUACAGCCUAUCAUGCAGGUUCAUGAUGUAAAGGCACUGAAAGCCAUAUAUCUGGUUGAACUUGAACUUGUAGCUGGGGUAGCUACCCCGCCUUGACUGAUCCCAAUCAUCAACAGUCAAAUAACUUACACGUACAUUAGGUUAGUUACGGCGGUU